CAUCUUUACUCAGCGAUCAUCAGCACUUCAAUUGACCCUUUUUCUUUCGUCCUUAUUCUGAUCGAGUCAUCUGUUUACUUUCAAACCACAUAUAUCUCAGAAAGGCCUUCAGAACACCAAAAUCCCGGUCGUCCAACCCGACCAUGCUGAACAGAGCUCUUCUCCGAACGCCCUGGUUGCGACCAGCGAUCUUCAGCGCACCACACCCCUCGAUCAGCGCAACAGCAGCCUCAGCACCGCGCUUCCCAACCCUGUACGCCACCACCAGACCUCUCACCUCCGCCCCCUUCCGUCAAUCCGAACACCCACCCACGACACCCUCAACGCCACCGUCCGAGACAGCCGCACUCCCAUCGCAAGACCCCGAACCCGCCACAACCACCACAACCACCGCCCCCGAACCCCCAUCCCACAUCCCGUGGUACCUCCAAGACGAGCCCGACGUGCCGGCCACGCGCCCCAUCAUUUCAGGCGAGCAGAUCCCCGCCCUCCCAGAAAACCCGCCGGCCCUGCUCGCGGCGCUGCUGGAGUACACCUUCAAAGACCUGGGGCUGGACGGGCUGAAACUCCUCGAUCUGCGGGGACUGGACACACCGCCGGCGCUGGGCGCCAACGUGAUCAUGAUCGUCGGCACCGCGCGCAGCGUCAAGCACCUGAACGUCUCGGCGGACCGGCUGUGCCGCUGGCUGCGGGCCACAUACAAGCUGGCGCCGUUCGCGGACGGCCUGCUGGGCCGCAACGAGCUGAAGAUCAAGCUGCGGCGGAAGGCGAAGCGCGCGCGCCUGGCGAGUAAGGCCGGGACGCUGGUGGACGACAAGGACGAUGGGAUCACGACGGGGUGGAUCUGCGUGAACGCCGGGAUCGUGGAGGAGGCGCCCCUGGCGGAUGAGGUGGCGGCGGCGCAGGAGGCGGCCGGGUUCGAGGGGUUCGGGAAUGCCGGGUGGGGGACGCGCGUGGUCGUGCAGAUCUUUACGGAGGAGAAGCGCGCCGAGGUGGAUCUAGAAGGGCUCUGGGAGAAGAAUCUCGCCCGUGUUGGACGGCAGCGCGAGAGGGAGAGGGCCGAGCGCGAGGAUGGGGAGGAGUGGUUGUAGUGUCGUGUAGUCUACCAUUUCCAGGUUACGGUCGGGUGUAUGAUUACGUGGAUGCAUUUAUAGGCGGGGAUAUGUACAUUAGAUUCCAUUCUGUUUUUGGGGGCCUUUCCCCUGGGUGUUGGGGGAGGGCUGAAAAAAUCAAAGCCACA